CAGAAAAAAAGAACGCCCUGCAAGUUGAGUCCUGAGGAAAUGCUGUGGGAACUGCAGCCAGAGGGGAGGGCUUUCUGUUUCGUUCAUUUGCCUUCUGUUCGCUUGUGGCUGCAAGCAAGGAAGGAGGAGGAGGAGAGGAGUCACUCGCUCAAUGUGCCUCUCCCUGAGGCUUCGGGACGUGGUUUGGACUGGAGGACGCUGUUCCUGCUCAGCAGUGGGAACAAGGGAAGCGCCCAUCGACAUGACUCUCUCAGGAGGCUGCUGGCUGCUGCUUCUCUCCUUUUUCAUUGCUUGCAUACAGUUAUCCUUACAAAUCACUCCUCCCUGUAGCAAUGAGCAGCACUAUGAACAUUCUGGACGAUGCUGUACUAAGUGUGAGCCAGGCAAGUAUAUGUCUGCAAAAUGCACUGCCACUUCAGAGACUGUAUGCCUGUCCUGUGGCCAAAAUGAGUAUAUGGACAUCUGGAAUGAAGAAGAGAAGUGCUUGCUUCAUAAAAUAUGCGACCAAGGGAAAGCUUUAAUUGAAGUGAAUCCUGGAAACAGCACAUUCCAACGACAGUGUGCUUGCACUGCUGGCUACCACUGGAAUGAAGACUGCGACUGCUGUCGGCGAAACACAAAAUGCCCUCUGGGUUUUGGAGUGAAACAGCCAAUACAAGAAGACAAGGAUACAGCAUGUAUAAAGUGUCCCACAGGAUACUUCUCUAAUAUUUCUUCUGCGACUGAUGAAUGUAAACCUUGGACUAACUGCACAGCUCUAGGAACGAAGGAAAAAAAUCCUGGUACUAAUUGGUCUGAUGUGGUUUGUAAGAAGAAUAUAAGAAUCCAUCCACAAGAUGAAGCAAACAAGUUACUUUAUAUGUUGCUUGCUCCACUCCUUCUUGUUGCAUUAGUCGGCAUUGCUGUUCUUACUAUAUACUAUCUCAAUAAGGGGAAAGCACUGACAGCAGACCUACCUUACUGGGCUAAUGAAAUAUGCAAGCAAAUAAAAAGGACAAAAGUGAAAUCUCCAGCUAAUUCUUCUGGAGAUACAUUUGUAAACACAAAUGUGGCUAGUCCUGCUGGUCUUCGGCUUUUGGAAGGAACAUGUCUGCUGGAUCUUGAUGAAUAUUCUUUUUCUGAGGGUGAAUGUUGCCCAGAUGGGAGCUGUGCACGUGGGAAAGUUGGCCAAGAUUCAAUCCACUUUGGAUCAGAUUUCCCAACUUUCUCUCUUAUGACCGAAUCUGAGGAUGACCAUUUUAGGCAGAUGCCCAUGGAGGAUGAGUAUAUGGACAGAAUGCCCCAAGGACCCUGUUACUUACUUUUAAAGAAUCAAUCUGAAAGCAAACCAAUCUCGCCAUUCUCGGAGCCACUGGAAGUGGGAGAGAAUGAUAGCCUAAGUCAAUGUUUCACUGGAACUGAAAGUCUGGUGGAAUUAACAAACUGCUGUUGCUCAGAUGUUUCAUGUGGAAUGGACCCCGUUCACCCUUCCCCAGACAAAUGCCUACAGAAUUAUUGUCAUCAAUGUGCCUGUAGCAACAUGAGGGAUGUCGAAACCCAAGAUAUAAGUGACUCCCUGAUAAUGCCUGAGGAGAUAAAUGACUACACUCCCUGUAGAGCAUCUUGUAAAGAAUCUCCCAGACAACCUGGCAAUGCUGCUGAUUAUUGCAAAGAAAGUGGCCCUACUCCACUGUGCUCCUGUGGCUUGGACUCUCCUUCUGUGGAUCAGAAUGCCUCGGCAAGCAAUGUUGGUGCCAGAAGUGAACCAUCUGAUGGAAAUGAUACAAAACACCAGCCUGCAGAUCCCCCAGCAGCAUCUGGAAAUGUGUCUGGAUACGGCAACUCUACAUUCAUUUCCAGUGGACAAGUCAUGAAUUUUAAGGGUGAAAUCAUUGUUGUCUACGUUAGUCAGAACUCCCAAGAGGGUUCAACAUCUUCUGGAGCAACUGAUGAUAACCUGGGCAGUCCAGUGCAAGAGGAAAAUUUGAACCGUUGUGAGACAUUUGUAGGCAAUACUCACCAGUAUAAGGAAAAAUGUGCUGAAAUUAAUUCAUAUCACAGUGCCAGAAACGAAGAAGAUCUGAGCACUGCGGGAGAGUACAAGAGGACUUCUGGGCCUGUAGUUCAAGAAGAGAAUCAAGACUUUCAGGACAGGAAGCAUUUCUGUAAUGAGGCUUCACAACCUAUACAGGAAGAGGGGAAACCAGGGUGGUUUAUAGAUAAAACAUUGCACUGAAGAAAUUAAUGCCCAUUUGCUGAUCUCUGGCCUUUACUCAAAAGGAUCUCAUCACUGAAUGUAGUCUGGAAAACUGCACCUGGAUAGCACUAAAUAGCUAAAACCUAUUGACUGUUGAAAAGCCAGACUCUGGUGGCUGAUGGAUUAGAAGGGAGAUCUUUGCUGCUCUUGGUACCUCUCUGAAGCUCUAUGAAAGUAAAAGGGACACUGUUGAAUGCUAUGGUGCUAUACAGGACAUCUCUCACAGCCUUCCAGGAAUAAGCUGAGUACUUGGGUAUUCAGGCAUUAUACAAGAUGCCUUGCUAUCUAUGCAAAUAUCUCAAAUGCAGGGAGGGGCUAAGCUCCUAAGCAUCUUGUACAAGCUGCUAAAGACUCUAGUUCAUAAGGUUAGAGCGCUCAUGCAAAAUGCAUAAAAACUUUGCAUUUUGUUAUGUGCGAGACUCCGUAUACUAACAAAACUUCAAAACAGGUGUUAUUGCAUGUUUUCCCUCCCAUGAGGUAAGCCUUGUUUCCUCACAUCUUCAAUAUGAAAAAGGCAGGUGUACAUAUUGGUGACUGAAGCAUUGAUUCAGUUGUCGAUCUUACAUCUCACUAGUCUAUAUGGUCCAAGAGGGUUGUAUGCCUGCCUCCCACCCCCACGUCUCUUAGAUUGCCACCUGUUCGUAUUAUCAUUUAAACGUCCCUAUAUUAGCUUGUUCGUUUUUUUUAAAAAAAGGAAAAUCUGUUUUAAAAGAGUUGUAAAACUGCUCUGAGGAAUGGGGGGGUUGCUGGGUUUGUGUCAACACAGGUACCAGCCAAUCAGCAACUGUACACUGCUGGCUUCUGCUGCAAACUUCCAGAACUGGUUUCCCCAGAGCUUGAUUCUGGAGAAGAAUUCUUUGACCACAACUUAGUGAGUGCACAGUCUGUAAUUCUGAAUUAAAUAUUUAAGAACAGACGGUGUGAUCAGCACAUGGUACAAGCCACCAGAAAUCAAAUCCUUGUUAAUGGUAUGAAAGCAGCUUGUGAUUGUUAACCAGCAUUUUCCCUCAAGGCAUGCAGGCAAGGAAUCUUGAGAAAGACAGUUGAGGAAGCAUUAUACAUAUAGAGCCCUUUCUCACAAGCAGAGAAAUGGCUCCGACGGGUCGAGGGGAGGAAACCUCACAAAAGCUCACCUCUCCCGCAGACGAGCAGGUCCACGGCGAGCAGGAAUGUCUGCCCAGUCACCGGCUGCUGCCAGCUGCUCUGAGGGUUGGCAUGCAUCACCCUGCCCUCCACCGAGCUCCAGUAAUGCAUUGCGCGAGUGUACACGGUGCAUUAUGGGGAUUCCCCUCCCCAAGCCUGCUAGCCAUGGCUGUUUACAGCCGGGGCUGACAGACGAUUGGUAAAACAAGGUUAAGGGAGCACGGAGCACCUUAAGGUUAAGAGAUCACACGCAAAGGGGGUAUGUGCCAGUUUCAGGAUAGCCUGAGCAAGCGGGGGGACCCCAUCCAUUUCGGGCAGUGCUUGCUGCCUAACAGCAUUUAUUUCCCUUGCUGGAGGGAAAGAAAGGGAAAUCAAGGCUGCCAGGCCUCAAGCGCUGCCUGAAAUGGAUAGGGGGAGAGCUCGCUUGGGCUAUCGUGGGCGGGGGGGGAAGCUUGCUCGGGGCUCUCUGGAGUCGGAGCCACACCCCCAUGUGCGUGACAUCACAUGCACGGGGGCUUUCAGCAGCCUUUUUCAUUGGCGGUCCAGGUUCUUUGAAACCGUUCUCACGUUGGUGGCUCCACUCGAGAGGACUGGAUACUUCCCUGUACAAGGAAAGUUUAUUCCACAUAGAAAACUAGCAUGUUAGAGAGCAGACUUCUAGUACAACCUCCCCACUGGCAUCCUAGUUUUCUACGUGCAGAGAGGGUUUUUAAAAAAUGGAGAAGCAUGGUUACAGGCCAGGCUUGCUCCACCUGCCUGAUGUGGCGGGGUGGGUUUUUCUUCGCUUUCCCAUCACACAGAGCUCACUGGCAAAUUCCGUCUUCGUUAGUAUUUGUGAGAACACUUUAGUUAAUCUAGAGUUUAAAUACACAGGCUCCCAGGGUAUUCAGCAUGAUGGAGGAGAGCUGGUCUUGUAGCAAGCAUGAAUUGCCCCCUUUGCUAAGUAGGGUCCACCUUGGUUUGCAUAUGUGUGGAAAACUACAUGUGUGAGCACAGUAAGAUCCCUAAGGGGGUGGGGCUGCUCUGGGAAGAGCACCUGCGUGCUUGCAUGCAGAAGGUUCCAAGUUCCCUCCCUGGCAUCUCCAGAUAGGGCUGAGAGACUCCUGCCCUGCAACCUUGGAGACGCCGCUGCCAGUCUGUGUAGACAGUACUGAGCUAGAUGGACCAAAGGUCUGGCUUGGUAUAUGGCAGCUUCCUAUGUCCCUGUGUCUCCAUAAUGUUCCACCCUGGGGCUGCUGCAGACUCUUAAGCAAGCCUCAACACUGUUCAGCUGUUGUGCAAGCAGCACUACCAGUUUUUCCCCAUUUGCCACAAUGAGGAAAACUGUGGUAGUGCUGCUUAUGCAACAACCGCUUCUGAACAGUGUUGGGGCUUACUUAACAGUAGCAGCAACCUCAAGGCGGAGCGUUACAGAGACAUCAUGCUGUGUGCCCUGUAAGCUGCAGAUCAAGCGUGCAGUUCCACCUCGUGUACGCAUUCUGCAAACACUCUUUCUAAAAGGUGGGGGGUGGGGUUAGCUGAAAUGCAUAAAAUGAGUUUCCUAAUAUUAUAUCAACUUUACAUACUGCUUGUAGUUUGUGGUGGUGGUUGUGAGGACAGAACUAGGGAGUGGUAUUUAUAUCAUUUAAAAAAUGGGAUAAAGAUACUUACUGAUAUAAUAUUACUAAAACUUAAAAGAAUCCUGAAAAUGAUAUGCAUAUAUUGUCCCGCUGGAAUCUGACAAAAAAUAAAGAUGAGUCAUUUCUUCAGUGUGAUACAAA